UUGGGGCGCGCUGGUCGCAGCUACGCCUGCGUCCGAUUCGCGUCGUGGAAUCGGAGUCGCCAGUGUACGACCGUCCAUCGCGUCGCUACUACGUCGAACGUCGGGAAGUUAAAUACGCGGGUAAUGUCUCGUGAACGAGGAACCACGAAGAAUCUGUCGACAACGAAUCGUGACGAGCGGGAGGCGUAGUCGACGUACGGCGAGCGGGUCGAGCGUUGAGGUUAAGUCGCGGCAGCGCCACGGCGGCACGCGGCGACUCGCGGAAGCCGUAACCAGCCGUGACGGGGGCCGCGACCAUCCACGAGCGGACGAGUCGGGGCGAAUCAGUGGGACGAGGGGAAUGGCAGGCGACAAUCCUGACUCCUAACAAAUGGCUCUCUCUGAGGUCCAGAACCUGGCUGCGAUCAUCGGCAACAAUGCUCUCGCCCUCGGCAAGGUCGAACGCGACAUCAGUAUGUUCGAGAUGCCGACCAGCAAUCGCACCAGCAGCGAUAUCCGAGGCGAGUACGACCCCUGGAACUACAACCUGCUGGAUGGACGUUCUAACGAGAAGGUAGGAAAGGGAAUCCCUGAAGACGAAGAAUGUCUAGAUUUAAGUAAUUCGAUGGUCAAUGACCUGGUUGCAAAGAUUCUCGACGACGACUCCAUUGUCCAAGACGACGUGUACGUCCCUGGUUACGAUGGAACGAUUCAGAGAUCCCGAGUGGGUAAACCCCGAAACGGUACGAGUUCCUGCCCCACCGAAGUCAAUGGACUUCAGAUUCGUUACGCUUUUGGCAAACUACCGAAUGGUAUCCCAUUUCAAACGGAAAAUGAUCGAGAGUACAACAAUGCCUGUGUCGGGCUGAACACCCUGGGCCUCGGUGAACGAACGAGCCAGUCAGUUGAUCGAGUUCAGAAUUAUCCCGGAGGUCUCGUAACCGGUCUACAGUGUUCCGAGCCACAACGCUUUGCACCUAAUGCCAGCGACGGGGUUUCGUGCAUUGGACGAAAUUACGCAUCGCCGUCCAAUGGAUUGGCCACGACUACAAAUGGACCAGAAUACAACGCACAACUUAACAACUGGUCCGAAAGCAUCCUCGCGUCGGACUAUGCCAAAGAUUUGUUCGGUAACUACCAGCAGAUUCAGUCCUGCACCGAUCCGGAUUUUAAUUUCAACAUAGCUCUUAAUCUAGCCGUGGACUCUUCCGAUAACCUCUCUCACAAUGACGUGGAUUUACAUUGUAACCUCGAGCAAAGCGUUUCUCACAAUCUGCACGGUAAUCCAAUCCUCGGUAUGCACGAUUCGUACACCGGGACUGCCUCCAAUCAAGCUUACAGGCCCAGUUCGGCACUGACGGAUCUCAGUGCGGACUCCGGCUUCCUGUCUAAUUCGCCACUGCAGCACUUCUCUCCCGUGGACCCUGCUUUGCAAAACUGUUACGCCGGCACCUUUCAACGAAACAACUUCGAAGAAUACAAGGACCUACAAGAGUCGGCCAACGUGAACAUCGGUAACGUUCCAAACGUGUCGAUGCCGAACGAGCAAUACUUUUUGCAACAGUCCCACGGCUACAAAUUGGACAGACCGAUGGAGCAAAAUUACAAACGCCUGCUGAAUCGUUACUCCACCUUGAACGAAUUAGCUGCUACGUCGCCGAGCGAUUUGUGCUCGACCGACGGCAACUCCCUCGUGGACCACAGGGCCGGCAAUACUCUACUAAAGGUACACAGUCCGACACCAAAGCAGAAAUUACCCCAGAACUACUCGCCUAUGAGUUUUCCUCGCAAUCUCUCCUGCCGAAACAUGGAGCAAUCAAUGGACAAGUACAAUUACCAGGCCACGAAUGGUUAUCAACGUUACACUGCCAACAACGUCGAGAGCAUAAAAACCUUGCCGCAGAACACGGUGGCCUAUCAAAAUGGCCUAAAGCGAACCGGUGGUACCAGCUGUGGCUACAAGAUGGACGCGUUCAACCUUACCAAUAAGAUGUUCCCCUCCGGGGCGAACCACCUUGCCCAACCGAUGACCGGAGCUUCCGUCAAUAACAAUAUCUUCAACCACAUCAUGAAGCAACGUCAGCAACAGAUGCACGGGAUGCAUAGGAUGUCCAGCAUGUCGUCCAACGAAGUUCCCUUCAACGCGAGGCUGAUGCAGGGCACCGCGGCCAGGGCGGUCUUUCCAUCCGUCAUGCCGAUGCCCGUCCCGGUGCCGAUGCCCAGGCUCCAUCCCAUAUCGGUCCUCUUCGGCGGCGGCGGUGGUUUGAACCUGAGGAACGGCAACGGACCUGCCAGGAGAUCGGGCCCUUCCAGCGUGCUGCACCUUAGGCUCGAGCAGACCUACGAGCAGUUCAAACAGCUCGAGAAGGAGCGCAAAAAGUGCGAAGCCGGACUGGCGGCUCGUUUCCCCGGGAAACGAGUGACCAGUGCCAACAACAUCCCUAUCCCGAGGUUGCAGGGGAAUCCGUCUCGGGUCGAUAGACUCAUCAUCGACCACUUGAGGGAACACGCGAGGGUCAUCACACUUAUUGCAAAGAUGGAGCGUCUGCGAGGAGCCUCGAUGAACCAGCGGGUCCACAAGGCCAUGGAGUACUGGCUGGAAGCGAUAAAACUGGUGCAGGAACGUCGCAAGCAAGAAAUCGCCAACGCUAACAAGCGCCAAAAGGAGAAUCCUCACUGCAUCGCCGUGCACGACGACAAAGACAUCCUCGCUCUAGCCGGCAGCAUUCUGGAGCUGGCGAAGGCGUGCCGUUUCGCGCGCACCGGGAUGUACAACGCGAUGCAAGCGACCAUCCUCUACGACGUGGAGAUCGAGAAGAAGGUGCUGGAGACCUCGAAGGACCCGAUCCUGACGAGCCCGCCGAUCGAGCGGCAGCCUCCGUCCUUGAGUCCGACCGCCCCGAAGGGAGGAGCACCGGUUUACCAAAGCUGCACCUAGCAAACUCGGAAGAGAGCAACCCCGACGACCGCGAGACCGUGAUCGAGGCGGCGGGACUCGCUUCGACUAUCGAUGACCGGGACCAGGGCGUGUCUCGUGACUCCGCUUGCUUCAGACUCCGUUACGUAUACACUGCAUUAUAUACCUAUACACAUACACGGAACCGUACACGCGUAUAUACGCGUGCAUGCAUUUGUGCAUAUGCGUAUACGCGUAUAUACGCGCGUAUCCGACUAUUAGUACUGUAAUUAUAAGCAGAACCGCAAGAGCCGUUCCCGGCCCGGCUAAGCUUCUUCUGAGCAGGAUCUAGCUGGCGUUUCUGAUUCCUGGUGCUAAUUUAUUAUCGUUGCCAACUGACUCUCCUCGGGUUGGCGCUUUUCCGACACGCGCGAGGAGAGGAAGAGGGCUCCUCCGUCGAGGAGGUGUCCGGCUGGCUCGCGGCAGCGAGGAUGCGACCGGCGGGACUCUUCGUCCUCGAAAGGUUCCGCCGUGGAUUUUUUACGCGCCAAUCGCGAUUCCGUAGUUUUUUAACGCGCGCUACGAGGCCAUCCCGAGAAACCGAUUCCGAGGAUCCCGUGGACGAUGGCGAGGAGGGUUGGUCCGGUCACGUCCUCGGGGUCUCGUGGGUGCUCUCGGAUGGACCCGUUCGCGAAACAGCUCCGACCAUUACUCGCUUAGGUAGAGACGGAUCCCCACAGGGGAUCUCGGCUCGAUUUUAUGAGUGUGUUAGUCCAAACGCUAGAUUUAAAGGAUUUCUAGAAUAGUUAAAUGUGGCCUUCCUUAAGUGUGUGACCCAAAAUGUGUGUCAAGUAGAGAGAGACUUCGGGAACCGGCGGUGACGCUCCGGAGCGAGAGCGACCCCAGUCGUGUCAGGGAUCAUUUUCUACGGAGACUAACUUCUUCGAGUUCUCCGAGAAAGUCCCAAAUGUUUUCGCGUACCUACGGCGUCGGUCGAUCGUCGAGUCGAAUUCAAUGUCCGGUCGGAGGGAGAUAUCCUAAUCGGUCGUAAAAGUCGCCCCCUCCAAUUGUCGUAGGAAUCGUUCGUCGUUGACACUCGAGGAUACCGUGGAAAUUCUAAGGUCAAUUGUUUGCUUUUUACGGUAGUCGAGGAGGUAUUCCAUGGGAGUUUUUGAGCAACUUUUCGGCGGGAUACGUUAUCGCUCCCGGUCUCGCUCCGGGGAGGUCCUAAUCCAUCGUAGGUGUAUCCGUCGUGUCUACGUUACAAAGCAAUCCGGAUGCUGUCCACUCGACCGUUUAAUACGUACGUAUUAUGUCUUUCGCGCGUCUACGCGUAUAUCCGGUAUGCGUACCUACGUCCCCGAGUAAUGCGUCUUUGCGCCUUUGCACGCGUGCCGUCUAUUUCGUUGCACGUUCGAACGGUACACGCAUGCGUACGUACUGGGGUGUGCCUUGCAAAUUGACUCCGUAGCUUCCUAGAAACGACCGCGACGAUCAACCGAAAGAUACGUUGUCAACUUCCCCUCCCCCGACCCCUUUCUCGUUAAAUGGGAAACUGUUUCCUCGACGACACUUUGUCCCUUCGGUUACACCGGUUGCAAAAUUCGUCGCAGUUUCGGUAUAGAAGCGAUCUCGCGUUUAACUCAUCCCGAGGGAAGUCGGCACCACUUAAAUAAUGUCUUCGUCUCGACGAGGGACCCGUUCCUCGUUUCUUUCGAUGCCUGACUCGUUUCGCAUCUUCGGGAGAGCAUAUGCGAACCCGACGGACGCUCGUUCACCCCCUGAUAAAAAAUGUAGCAGGCGUCGCGCUCUCUCGAAUUGUAUCGGGGGUUACAAGGGGCCGAGGGGCGGAGAGACUACGCGAAACGCGACGAGAACCCCCCUGGGCCUAGGGGAGGGGGCACGCGCGUCUUCGCCUUCGUUUUUAACGUUUUUACUAUUCGCUGGAUAUCCUAGGGUACCGUACUCUGUCGGUCGCCAACCGAGAGUCAUGUAUUUUGUGCGACUUUUAGCUAUCCAACUCGCGGACUCGCGAGGUCGGCUCUCUCUCUCUCUCUCUCUACGAGGAGGAAAUCAGGGCUCGGUCCUCUGGCUUUUGUUUUCGCCCGAUUCUUGGACGAUGUCUUCGCCUUUUAACCCGGAAUUAUGCAACGAACCGCGGUUACCGACAUUGUUCAAAGGCUUCUUUCGUUGGCGUCCGGGGUUUUCUCGGCGUUCGCGGUUUACUGCGAAGGCCGUGUUUCUGCAUUUCGCGCGAGAAUGAUUUUUGUAAAUUUCUCAAUUCAGAGGUGGAAACUUAUGGCGCUUCUUUUCGAUCCGACCGAGGAUAAUGGAAAGGUGUCGCGCACCGUCGUACGUUUCCUUUGGCUUUUUGGCGGAUGCGUGGCUAUACGUCCGUGUAUUUAACUGUGAUAACUCCUACUACGGCGAUCUCCUUGUUACAUGGCUGCGAGAGGACUUCGCUAAGAGUUUGCUUCUACUAUUAGGUUUCCGUCGUUCGUUCGCUCGUUCGCUCGUUCGGUUGGCUCGCGUUCUGAAUUUCCUCUACGUUAGAUCCCGGAUGGACCGAUUUUCCGUGCAUGGGGAGACUCGUUUCUUUCGUUCCGACCUCUUGGUUCCUCCGGUGCGGGUAUUCCGAUGUUCGAGGACGGUCGUGCCGAUAUUUUUCUGAACGAGUUUAUGCACUUUGCGGGGAUGGGAGAUCUUCCUUCGAUUACCUACCGAGAGUCGCUCGGAAUGUCAACGAAUUUGCAACGCACGGUGUACUUAACGGUGUUCUUCUCUCGCUUUAACAGGGGCUAAUUACAGGGCACGUUCUUACGCUCAAUUACGAUAUAUAUAUAUUCACGGUAAAUCCGAACCUGGUCGAGUCACCGUGUCGGAAGAUUUUUGAUACUGCAGUUUGUCCUUACGUUGACGGACCCCCGUUCCUCGUCGUACUCCUCUCCUUCGGAGUUCCUCGGUACUUGGAUUUUUUCUACUUUUGAGAAAAUUUCGGCUCCCUCGGGAGCUCUCUCUCUCUCUCUUUCUUCUUCCCCGACCGGUGGCGGAGUUUAUCGCGCGAUGAGAUUUUUCUACUCUUAACGUUAUCCGGGAGAACGUUGAAAAAGAAACGCACAAUGGCGAGUUAAAGCGGAAAAAAAAAGAAAUAUGAGUAAUAUCUAUUCCUACAGGUUUUUUUUUUUCUUUUCGGUACUUCGAGGCGGGGCAUGCGUUUUUCUUUUUAAUACAUAUAUAUUUUUUUUAUUAACGUCGCUUAACAACGAUCUCACCGUUAUUCGCGUCGUCGAGUGACCGGGAUUUUUCUAUGCACUCUCGAAUCGUUUCAAUUGUAUUCAACACCAAGAGACACGUUUACGCGUAGCGUAAAAGUCGACGUAUAGAUGCAAGGUUCCAUGUGUCGGUUGUACCAAAACUGUCCGUAGGAGAAGAACGAAAGAAGAAAUCUAGCAGUUCACUACUAAGCAUAUCUCGUACUCCCGACCUAGGUACGAAGUCGACGUAGAAUACGCGAUGACAAAUUGUGCCAGAGGCCGCAACGAUUUCCGCUAGCGAGCGUAUCUACGAUUAAGGAUACUCCGAUACCGCGUCUACGUUGAUCGUUACGAUCGUCUAACGAUUCCAUCCGGGUCAGGGAAAUGGAAAUCGUAAGAUCGACGGAUCCUGAUUAGGGGUACUCGAUCGCGAUCACGAUCACGGGCACACGUUCUACGUUUAAAUGGCGCUUAAUUACGGGAUGUGUUAGAUAUUAAACGAUAAAUACGUGGAUGUAAUGUAUCAGGGUGUCCUCUCCGAGAGAAUAGUUAGUCGACGUUAGGGUAACGUUUAGCGGUAGUUAGGCACGCGAUUAGGUGCAAUCGUCCGAGGGUACUUCCCCGAUCGUUGAUCGAUCGACGAUCGAUCGAACGAUAGGUGCUCGUUACUUUUUUUUUUUUUUUUCUUUCAAAUCUAUUAGGGAAAGAGAUAUGGCACUUUCGAUACCCGGAACGUAACGGGGAGGCGCACCUCGACUCUGGUUUUCCAAUUAGAAGGCCGGUUCUCCGCUUUUAAGCAUACAAGAGAUCAAAGGAGUAAUCUCCGAUCGGCAAAAUUAGUUAUCGCGAAAGUUCAACUCGUACAUGGUAUAUAUAUAUAUAUAAAUAUCGGUUAGAGUUGUAACGAGUCGGUAAGUCUUGCGCCACGCAGUCGCGGAUCACUACAUAGGGGUUUAGAGCUCUAUCUAGUAGGUUAUGUGUCUGACAAUCCUGUUUUACUUGCAUGUGAUAUUAUAUACUAAAUAUAUGUAUAUGUAUAUACACGACAGAGGUAUAUAUAUAUGUAUAUAUAACGGUACCAACGAGAAGUAUCUAACGAUAUGUAAUAUUAAGUACACACGGUAUGUGGGUGCGGGUAUACGUACGUAUAUGUGCACGCAUGGACACGGUUUAACCGAUACCUAUCGAAGCGUGCCGCGGAUGGUAACGUCAAAAUGCGAUUAAUGAUAUGCAACAAUGACCAAUGUUAAGCUUGCGACCCGCCUGGCGUCCCUGUACUCGCUCGAUAAGAUAUGUCGCUGAAGAGACGGAAACGGGGGAAGGGAAAACGAGGCGAACCAAGAACACAGGGAUCCUAUUCUCGAGUUGACCGAUGACGCGACUUUGCAAUGAUAAGACUUUUUUUUUUGCGAAUCUAUUCCUAUGCGAAAAAAUAUCGGUAUGGACGUGAGAAUCGGGUCCCUACGAAUCGACCUUCUGGGCUUUCCCAUCCCUGCGUUUCUUUCUUGCUUACUUUCUUCCUUAACAUUUGUUUCGUUAUUAGAGAGUGCACCGUACUCGGUGUGCGCGGUUUACAUAUUGACGUAAACGCAUAGACGAUAGUCCGCGUAUGUACGCGCCGACGACUAAUGGGCGUGAACGCGGUUGACCCGCGCCUGAACGGCCGCGAGGACCGAGCUGCGGCGAAAACGAUCGCCAACGGAAAGACUAUUCCUCUUUGCCUCCUUCCGUCCCCGGACUCUCUUGUUGCAUUUCUCCGCGAGCAUUUCGUCUUCCUUGAACCCUUCUCUCCUCGCCUUUUUUUUUUUUUAUCUUAUCGCAACUUAUCGGUAAUUCAAAUAAUUUACGGUCAAUAAUUAGCGUACCGAUGCUCGGUUCUUUUCCGUUUGGCGGCGUUUCCCCGUGAGAUGAGAAAUUUGCGGGAUAGAAAGAAGGAAAAUGUCGAAAGAUGCAACCAGUUCUGCGCGCGGUCAACCGCAGGAGUUUCGCCUUUUAACGGCGCAAUCGCGACAUAGAUGGCUCAAUGUGAAAUUACAAGUCUGGUUAAUAAGAGGUACUACGCUAACGUUACGAUUACCUAAUACCGUAUAGUCCGUAUCGAGUACACGGAGCGAAUGAGAGAGAGUGAGAAAAAAAAGCGAAAACUGCGUGUGUGAAUUGAUGCGCCGCAAGGAAGAGAGACGUGCGCAGCCCAGGGCGGAAUUGCAGUUAAAAUAAUAGAGAUAUGCGGAUAUAUAAAAAAUAUAUAUAUAUAAAUUAAUAUAUACCACUCGCGUUGCACAGAUAUAUAUACAUGUACGUGUAUAUACGUCUGUACGCGACAUAUAAAUGUACCUUGGAGAAGUAGAUAGGCGAGGUGGGGAAAGGGGAGGCUCACGUGCAAACUCGUAGGGGUUCGUUAUUGCAAGUUUUACGUGCAUAUCACAUGGAGACCCCUCGGUGGACCAAGGGGUAUCUAACCGGGGACGUAUUUCGUAUUUAGCGAGUUUUAAUAGCGCUUUCUAGGAGGCCCGAUACAACGUGGGCUUGUGCGUAUUCGAUGCACCGCUUAAGGCACUAAUUCCCGUGGCUGGGUCGCGCGAAAAGCGACCUAACGCGGGCACGUAUUCGGAUGGGUAUUCUGAGGCGGGUCCGGAUGCGUGUCCCGGUACCUCGACUAUUAUACCUGCUACAUCUAACAUACCUAAUAUUUAUAUUUACUUAUGUAUCUCGCGUUUGAGCGAACGGAUAGUAUGCGCGUACAUAUACUAUCGUCUAACUAGCAACAGUGUCAUUCCCGUCCGCUUGUUUGUUAUAACGAUAUACAGGUGCAAGCCGUGGGGUACAUCGGGAGGGGUGUAUAUUUCAUGUAUUAAUAUAUAUAUUUGCAAUCGGGGAAAUAUUAACGUCGAACCGCGGAGGGGGAGAGAAACAAAAAUGGGGGUCUUGGGGCGGGGUAUAUUAAUAUAUUUAAUAUAUUUAAUAUAUCUGCUACUUGGGGGGAGAGACGUUAUAUCGAGCUGGGCGGAGAAAGGUGGCGGAAUUAAUUCAGACUGAUUAAAGUUUAAAGUUUUGCUCUCGGAGCCACGGACGGGGAACAGAGGGGCAGGACGCAAUGGAAAGAAAAAAAAAAAAAUUCGCAAUUGUAAAUGGUAUUAUUUGUUAACGCUUCCGACGUCGCGCGUACGUGUAUUUAUAUAUCGCAUUCCCGACGUCGCGGUAUCCUUGAAUUGUACAUAAGAAAUAUAUCUAUAUAUAUACAUAUAUCAGCCCCCGGUGGCGUUUCAAACGCCUCGGGAUAUCCGGGCUUUAAUAUCGAUACACUAAACUGCGCGUUCCGCGGAAAUCUCGUGAUCCUUUGUUUCAUUUAUCGCUUCUUUUUAUUUCUAUAUAUAUAUUUUUUUUUUCUUUCGACUAUCCUUGACGAUGGCCAUUUCUUAUUCGGUUCUUUUUCUCUGCAUUCACGCGUUUACCGAUAGAAACUGAUCGUCCAACGAACGUCAUCUUUUCGUCAUAUUUACCUUAUUGGAGCGUCUACUCCUUUUUUAUCAGCUUUGUCCCAUUGUUGUUGUUAUUACUAUUAUUAUUAAUAUUAUCAUUACUACGUCCGCUAUUAAGAAAUUAGAGGGAAGCUUUUGGAGUCGUCGAUGUUCAACCCGGCUUUCGAGGAGAACUAGUAAUGUCGUCGUUUCGAUCGGUUGGUUAUAUAUAUAUAUAUCCGCUGUAUAUUAAUGCGCGAUGUAGAUUUGACAUAUCGCGGGAAAGGGGACGAUUCCUGAUAGGUCUCGGACUUUAUCGUCAAUUGUAAGGGAGAACUAUCGUCGCGGUAUCGAACUCGAGGAUCGAAUCGACGGGGAAGGUCUUCGAGGAGACCUCGGCUCGCGAUUGCAAUUAGUCAAUGAUAAUCGGUGUUUCGGUGUUAGCUGACCUAGAAGGUAAAAGGUACAAUAGCGAGAAGGGUGUAUGUAUAUAGAUAGAAAGGGAGGGGAAACUUUCAAUCUUCGCGCCCUCUUGCCUCGACUCUUGUCUCGAGCCUUGCGCCCUCCACCGUUCUCCGCGCCAAAGGGCAAUCGUCUUAUCGCCGGACACGAGGCGAUAAGGGGGAGGAUAAUUUCAAGGGGAGAUUUCGAUCCUUCCGAUCCGUUGAGGGAAAUCGGAGGAGUUCGGGGCGGGCGUCGAUUCGCUCUCUUGCCAGACAAUCCACCGAGGAAAAAAGGUUAUCGAACCGGAGAAAUGUUUCUUUGUACGGUGACAAAGAAACGUUUCGACGCGACGUUUCUUCGGGAUGACAAUUUGAGUUCGUUUGAGUCGAGGGUAAUUAUUCUUUGUAUUGUCGAUACAUCCCUUCGGUACUGCUCGAAGAAAUAUUUCCGUCGUUCGAUGAAGCUUUUUUUUUAUGCCUCGGGGAGAUCGGGACCGCGCAUCCUCGGGUUCGGAUGGAAGGGCCUCGAUUCGUGGACCACUAGUUACACCGUACAACGACUACGUUACAAUAAUGUUAUUUAAUUAGAACGGGGACUUCUUGGAGGGAUGGAGCUCGACGGGGCCGAGGGCGCAAGGGGAACCCGAUUCGCGUUCUUCUUCCGAUCCAUCUAGAGAAACCGAAAGAGAAGCUAGAGAGUGAGAUAUAUAUAUAUAUGUACACAUGUAAAACGUAUAUACGAAGGGCAUAUAGCAGAUUUAUAAUUUAUUUUUGUUCGCUCUUUUCUUUUUCUUUGUUCCCUUUUUUUUUCUUCUUUUCUUUUAAUCGUGUUUUUAGGCUUAGUCGAAGUCAGGGCCGAAUCAACCCUCGCCGUCUCGCGAAAUGGGCUCGACGGUUUAAUGUUGUAGAACGAUUAUCCAGAGUUAAAUGUUAAACGUUAACGAUUAGACUCCGUUAGACCGGUCUAAACGAUCGUCGGCCUUUUGGGAACUUUGACGUACUGCCGAAUUACCGAGUCUGUCCGAAGGUCCAACUUGCAAUAGUCGAAGGGAUGGGAGGAAUGGGAGAAAUCGCCGACGAGCGACGCGAAUCUACGCGUUCUCGAUUAAACGACUUAAGGCGACGUCGAGGAGAGAGAAAAAUAGGGCGACUCGUUUCCGUUGAUCCUAACUCCGACCGAGGGCGAUCCCUCGGUCCCUACGCCGACGCUUCUGGACUGUGAUCUUUUGUAAAAUCGACUCGACAAACCCCGUUAAAAGGAGAAAUAAAAGAUAGUACUCGCUAGUGAGGGGGUAAGGGGUUAAUCCGAAGGGUUCGGCAGGGUGUCCCGGUUACCCCGUCGACUCGGUCCGGGUGAAGUCUGGGAGAGAACCUAGAGAGCUAGAUAGCGAGAACCGACCGGUUCUUUUUUUCUAUACCCUGCGUUAAGUGUACCAUACGUAUCACUCUAAUUGUAUAUGUAAUGUUAACGAUAUCGCCUAAGCGCGUAAACGAUGUCGUUAUAUGGGCUGUGGUAGAGAGAAACCUUCGCAUACUCCGAGCACCACGUGGGUGUACAAGGGCGAACCGGGGGCGUACUUCUCGUAGCUCGUUUAACCGCGACUUUUCCUCCCCCCGAUUCGUUCGGUCGCGAUAUUCGACGUUGGUCGUCGCGAUCAUUUUCGCCUAUCGGCCGUUUCUACCCAGAUACGUGCGCACAGAGACUUCAACGACCACCGUGCACAAACCGUACCUAAUUAUGGUAGAUCCGUCGCGAUUCGUCGACGACGCCGCACGGCGAAGGGCCACUCGAGUCGAAAUUAAUGCCCCCUUUUUUAAAGCCCUCGGAGCCAAAGCAAGACCUUUUCACUUUCGAGUCCUCCCUUGGACCUUCCACCUCCUGCUCCGUUCUAACGAGGUCCUGCUUUAGGUCUACGGGUGGAAAAAAAAAAUGGAACUACCUACCACCUUUAACCCUUUGAGCGCGGUGGACGCAUAAGUUCGUCCGACGUUUGGUCCAAUAUUGCUUGCACGCCCUGAUGAAAUUCGCCCAUAUGCCAAAUGGGCUUAGCGCUCGAAGGAUUAAUGAUUACGCGAGGGGGAUGGAAAUUUCGACUCGUACGGGGACGGAGAUGCUCUUGGCCUCUCCUUCUUUCCCUGGGAAAUGGGCGAUUCGGCGUAAUCGACGUAAUCGACGUAAUCGACGUAAUCGACGUAAUCGACGUAAUCGACGUUAUUGGCGCCGCCGUUAGUUAGUCCGCUAGGUAGGGAUGCGAGCAUGCGCGGUAGGGCCUCUUGCUCAAAUAACGAAUGCACUUUCGAUCGAGAGGGUGACCGGUCGAAAGACGUCAGUUUCCCUUAACUUCCGUCGCAGAUCGAAACUACAACGUGAACGUGGAGACUUUCCAUAUUUAUAUCGUAAGAUUUGAAACCAUUCUAUGUACCCAGUUUCGGGGGAAAGUUCGAUGACCCUUUCGCAUGGGUCUUUAAAAAAUGAACGCGAGGUACGAUCGGGAAAUUGGCGUUUCCUCGACUAGGAGACCUUCUCGUCGAUAGAGCCUCGGUGAAAGAAAGGAAUACCGGAGAGAUUCGAAGUACAAGUCGGACGUGGCCUGGCCUGUUUGCCAAUGGACCGAGACACGAACCAUUUGAGGAGUUUCUUUCGCCGGGGCGAACUCGUCAAUUGAAAAGGGCGCGGGCCUGUAUUUUCUAGCGCGUCGCAGACGUAGAAUUAAGUAAAUAAACCCGAGCUUAAUAUGUUAUUAUCCGCCUGUCGAACCGAGAUGAAACUCCCGUUUGUACCUUACUAGAAUUUUUCUCGUAGAUCGAGUACCGUUGUUACGCGAAUGGGACGCAGAGGGGAGAGGAGGGAGGGAGAGGAAGAAAGAGGCGAGCGUUUCGGGGAGUUCCAUCGGCGCGUGUUAAUAAUUUAUAAUAUUUAAACGUCUACUCGCUCUCGCGUUGGUAACCUCGUUUGGUGUUUCGUUUCGAAAUCCGAGGUGCUUGGUCGGUGAUACGCGUUUACGUGGAUAUGGCUAUAUUUAUUGUAACGUAGCUAUCCCCUCGUGCGAGCGAUCCGUCUCCUCUCGGGGAUUAAAAACUCGAGGGGAGGAAUAGGA